GAGCGUGCGUGCGUGUGUGCACAAGUCGCGUCCGCUGCGUGCGUGAGUGAGUCGCAACACGUCCAGGGCGCACAGACAGAGAGCGUGCGCCUGUCGCUGCGACAGCGUCGAUGUGGUUUGCUCUCUCUUUCUCUCUCGCACGCGCGCGAGAGUGCGUGCGCGCCGGUUGAAAUAUGCACACGUGUAUACAUAUAUAUAUAUACGUACGCACGUGCGCGUUUCCGAAGUCCGGAAAUAGGUGCAAGUGUUGUUGCUGCUGUGCGCGUGAGUAGGUGCAAUGCUGCUCUACUGCUGUACACUGCUUCACAUCAUCGUCUGUCCACGUGCGUAACCAUGGAAAACGCGUCUGGGUGAGUGUCACUUAGCAACCGACACGAUGCUGCGACCGGCUGCCAUGGCAACCGCUGCUCUCGUGCUACUCGCCAUGGCAGUGCUGCCCCUGGCGGAAACCGUGGGAACUACUCAAGCCGAUAACUCCUUCCCCUCCUCUUCUUUCUCUUCCGUGUUAUUUAAGGAGUCAUCCUCCUUCCCUGCAAACCUUACUGAUUACGUCAUCUCCACGCCGGCGGCGGCGGGAGAGGGAGCCUCCAACAACGACGCGAAGCGAAGACAGCAGAUAUUCGAGGGCAUCUUCUACCCUGUGAUGGCAGCCGCCACGUUCAUCGGCAACGUCAUCAACAUACUCGUCUUUACCCUGGGUCGCAUGCCCUCAUCGGCUCUCAACGUCCUUCUUCUCGGCCUCUCCGUUGCCGAGUGCACGAGCGGUGCCGCCUUCUUCGUCUUCUUCUCGACGAAUGCGUUCUGCGACACCUGCAAUCGAACGGCGACGCACGUGCUCGAGAAAGUCGCCGAUCUGUUCUUCUACACGGCCAACUGGAUCACGAUGUGUCUCUCCGUAUUCCGCUUCGUUUCCGUGUCCUACCCGCUGCGCUACCGCACGCUGUGCACGCGCCACAAGGCGCGCAUCGCUCUCGCCGUUAGCCUCGCUGUUAACAUCGCCAAGGAGUUCGUCUACUGGGUGCACCACUUCAAGACCGACGAAGAGCUGCGAAUCGUCGAGCCGAUAAACCAGACGAUCGGGAGGAUCGUACCAUGUGUGGUCGUGCUCGUCACGACGCUGCUGUCGAUCGUCAAAGUGGGCGCGAUGACCAGGGAAAGCAGCAGUAGCGGUGGCGGCGCCACUAGUUGCCACAUCGGCGCCGCGGCGGCGUCGCAGCGCAGCUCGUACGAGACGAAGGUGAUACGGAUGCUGCUGGUGCUGCUCGUACUGUUCUUUGUGACGAACGCAUACUGCGUCAUGACGCUGCUCUGCCGCAUCUACGAUGUACCGGGAAAUCAGCACUUCCUCUAUUCGGAGGCAAUCGCCAUCGGCGUCAAUUCUUCGAUGAACGUCGUCGUCUACUUCUGGCUGAAUCCGUGCUACCGGCACGCUUUCUACCGGGUGUUUAAGUGUCCGUGUCGGCACGCGGGCCGGAAGGGAGGAGUCGAACAUAGUCACAGUGCGAAUGAAACCGGCACGGCAGUCACAAUGGAUGCGACCACCGUCAUGAAGGAUAGCUCGCUGUAACGAAACAGAAGGAAGAAAGGGAAACACACAGAGAGAAAUAGAUAUAGGGCUAGUAAGAGAU